GAGAGUACAAGCAUUCAAAAUGAAGAAUUUGCUGAUCAUCGGUCUUGGUCUGUGCCUUUUGGGUGUUACCAUCGCACAUCCGUCGUUGCUUUCGAACCUGGCCAGCACUCUUUCCACAGUGGUCAGCAAUCUCCAAAGCCAACUAGCCAACUUGAUUAGCUCAGUGCAAACCGCAUUGAGCAAUGCUGCCAGUGCCCCGAGCUCCAUCGCUUCCGCCUUGUCUGCGGCUCUGUCCAACGCUCAAACAGCCAUCCAGAAUGCCCAAUCGGCCUUGGCCUCCAUCGUUGCCAACGGUUUGACGUCUCUGGGUUCAAGCCUGACCUCUGACUUGAGUGCCGCAACCACGCAACUAUCGGCCGCCAUUGGCAAUGUAAACACCGUCAUCGCCAAAAUCGUCGCAGCUGGAGCCUCUGUGUCGAGCAAUCUGAUCACCGAAUUGAACUACGCUACCGGAAAUCUGACCAGCCUCACUGCGACCGUUGCAUCGAAGAGCACCUCGUUGAUCGGAUCGGUCUUGUCUGGCAUCAACGGAUUGUUGUUCGGUUGAGCAUGUUGCUAAAUGAAUAAAUGACGAAAUUGAAUGCAUCCUA